AUGGUCGACACUGGGAGCUCGACCGACAUACUUUACUUCGACGCCUUCCAGAAGCUCGGCCUAGCUAGAGAGAAUAUGAAGCCGAUGUGCUCAGCGCUCACCGAAUUCACUGGAGACUCAAUAUCACCCCUGGGGGCUAUUACUCUGCCCUUGACCUUAGGAACCCCACCGAGGUCGAAGAUGGUGAUGACCACUUUUCUGGUGGUCGACCUCCCCACUGCUUACAACGCCAUACUCGGUCGGCCGACCCUCAACAAGGUCAGAGCCGUCGUCUCGACCUACUACCAAACCAUCAAGUUCCUGACUCACGCUGGGGUCGAGGAAGUUACGGGAAGCCCCCGAGAGUCCAGGCGGUGCUACCUGACCGCCGUUUCGUUACACAAGAAGGCCAAGAUCGAGCCACCACUGGAAGAUCCGCGGGAAACAAAAAAACCGGCCCCUCACCCCGAGCUGAGGGGAUCCGCCGUUGAUAUACCACUACACAAAGCUUGGCCAGACCAGACGGUCAAGGUCGGUUCAGAACUAGCCGAACGGGAACGAGAGCAGCUCGUCGGUCUCCUAUGGGAAAAUGCCGACAUCUUCACCUGGUCCCCAUCUGAUAUGACGGGUGUCGAUCCAGGGGUCGCACAGCAUCAUCUCAACAUCCCACCUGACGCUCGCCCGGUGAAGCAAAAACCCAAGCGGCAGGCCCCUGACCGACAACGCGCCAUACGAGAAGAGGUGGGCCAACUUUUAGCGGCAGGCUUCAUAGAAGAAGCCAGAUAUCCUCAAUGUCUCAACAAUGCAUGCCCGAAAGACUGCUACCCCCUCCCGAAGAUCGACCAACUGGUCGACGCGACGGCCAGACACGCACGCCUCUCUUUUAUGGACGCCUAUUCAGGAUACAACCAGAUCAGGAUGGCGCCCGAAGAUAGAGAGCAUACGGCCUUCCUCACCGAUCAAGGGGUGUACUUCUAUAAGGUCAUGACGUUCGGGUUGAAAAACGCCGGGGCCACAUACCAGAGAACGGUGAAUAAGAUGUUCGCCCAUCAGAUCGGAAGGAACAUGGAAGUUUACGUGGACGACAUGAUUGUGAAAAGCCAAGAGGCCGGAGCGCACCUUGCCGACCUGACCGAGGCGUUCGCCACACUACGCAAGUUCGGCAUGCGACUUAACCCCAUAGAAUGCGCCUUCGGCAUCACCUCCGGGAAAUUCCUCGGGUUCAUCAUACACGAAAGAGGAAUUGACGCCAACCCAGAGAAGGUUCGGGCAAUCAUCGACAUGCAGUCACCCCGGACGAUCAAAGACCUACAGCGACUUAAUGGAAGGCUUGUCGCCCUCUCUCGCUUCCUCGCCCGGUCAAGCGAUCACUGCCUCCCCUUCUUCAGGGCGCUCAAAAACCCGAAAAACUUCCAGUGGACCACGGAGUGCGAGGAAGCUUUCAAACAAACAAAGCAACACCUGGCCGGCCUCCCCCGACUCGCCUCUGUUUCUCCUGGGGAGAAGCUGGGCCUCUACCUAGCGGCCUCCCGACAUGUAGUCAGUUCCGUCCUGAUCAAAGAAAGCUCCGGCGAACAACUUCCGAUCUACUACGUCAGCCACGUCCUGAGCGGACCCGAGGGGUGUUACCCGCCGAUAGAGAAACUCGCACUCGCCCUGGUGCUAUCAGCUCGGAAGUUGCGCCCCUACUUCCAGGCCCACCCGGUGGAGGUCAUCACCGACCAACCUCUUCGGCAGGUGGCUGCCAUACGCAUCCUCACAGACUCGCAGCUUAUGGUCGAGCAGCUCAUCGGUGGAUACGAAGCUCGGGACCCAACCAUGGCGAAAUACCUGGCACGGGUAAGGGACCUGACUGCCAAGUUCCCUUAUUUUACGUUAUCUAAUGUUCCGAGGGAGGAGAACGAGCGAGCCGACGUGCUAGCUAAGCUGGCAUCAAAGCCGACCCCCGAAGCAUGGCCGGAGGUCGAGGAGCUUCCUGCGCGCGCCGUCGAAGUAGUGGCUACGGCCCCUGGCAGCGCACCGAUCACAUGGGUACAAGAGCUGCUAUGCUUCAAGCGGGAUGGGACCCUUCCCCACGAUGAAGUUGCGGCUCGACGCCUGCGUCGUACACACGCAUGGUACACCGAGGAGAGUGGGCGGCUUUAUAAGCAGUCCUUCACCUAUCCCCUCCUGCGAUGCUUGGAGCCCGACGAAGCCUAG